AGCACACUUUCAAGCCAAGAUAUUAUGCAGGCAAUGCAAGAGGAGAUGGAUCAGGACAUUACCAACGUGAUUGGGAUCCGUGCCAUGAAACAUCGGCUGACUCUACAAGGAUUUCUCAUACCUCGAGACAAGAUUUAUCAUGCAAUGAAAGAAUAUAACCCGAAUGGUAUCGCCUCACGCCUUCCAAGAAGUAGAAAGAUGGUCAGAUCUCCGAUCAUCUCCAUUGGCCCCAAUGAACAAUGGUCCAUUGAUGGACAUGAUAAACUAGCCUCGUUUGGAAUUGGGAUUUAUGGUAUACGAGAUGUCUACUCAGGUCGUCUCUUGUCCCUGCAAGCCAUGCCUUCAAACCGGCGGAGUGAUGAUGUUCAUUGCAUCUACAUCAAUACUGUUGUAAAAGUUGGUGGAUUUCCUCUGCAAUUAGCAAGUGACAGAGGUUCAGAGAUUGGCGAAGUUAUUGCAUCUCAGAUUGCUUUUCGCAGGAACACAUAUUCCUCUAUCUCCAUCGAAGACAUCUUUCCCUAUAAACUCCUAAAAAGUACUCGAAAUAUCACAAUUGAAAGAUCUUGGAGAAAUGUACGAGAAAAUGUUGUUGAUCAAGUCAAAGUAUCAUUGAACUCGGCAUAUGCCUCAGGAAUGAUCAAAGAUGGUGACCCAGUCCAUCAAACCCUUCUCAACUGGCUUGUGCCUCCUGUGGUUCAGAACGCCCUUGAUGAAUACCUCCAGAUAUUCAACUCUUACCCUGUCCGAUAUCAAAAAGACAAAGUGAAUCCCUCAGGAGCAUCAAGAAAUGAGAUUUACUUUCAUCCGCAACGAUGGGGUGGAAAGGAGUGUCUGCAAGGCUUCCAAGAUAUGAGUCUUAUCACCGAUUUCCAAGUGCAAGUGGAGGAAAAAGCACAGCUGGCUUGGGUGUCUCCUGAAGUCCAUGAGGUAUGUUUUGAUAUUGUUCAAAAAGCUGGACUGUCAUAUCCCCCAAUGAAAUGGCACACUGCUUGGGAGCUAUUUCAAGCACUGGAGCCUCAAGCACGAGCACCUCUGCAGAGGCUCUGGCUUGAAACGUAG